AACAAACCCAGUAACCAAUCAGAAAUAGUGAAGCCAAGUGCCGUUAAAUAAAUAUGAAUCAGAAAACAGUCACACUUUUCAUUCUUCAUUCAUUCAUUAGCCACCGAAUUUCAGUUAGUCGAUAAUUUUGCACCUAAUUCAUCGAAAAGAGCCAACAACUCAUCACUAUCAUCGUUUCACUUAUUGCCAACCACCAAUUACUAUUACAACAACCAAAUCAAACCGUUUGACCCUUCGAAAUGGCAUUAAACGUAUUGAUUGCAAUCACCUUAUCGGUGGCUACCAUUUAUUUUUAUGUCAAUCGAAAAUCCCGUUCCAAAUCUAUUGAACAAUUUCAACGUGUCUGCGGCAAAUUCAACUAUGAUAAACAAUCUCUCGAACAGAAAACUUCACAGGGCGAAGUGAUUCGUUAUUCGAAGUUGAUGCCCAAAGAUGACCCAUCACAGCUUAAUUUCAUCACCCAUUAUUACGAUGCAUGUCGUACCAUGAACGAUGUUCUGCCCAAUGGGGCCAAACUUUCCAUCGAUGGCAAAUGUGUUGGUUCGAUCAACAAAGCUCGAAACGGAGUUGAUUGGCUGACCUACGAACAAGUUCUGGAGCGAAAUAAACAUUUUGGUGAUGGUUUGCUUCAUAUCGGUCUGAAACCGAAUAACACAUUCGGUAUCUAUUCGAUGAAUACGCCGGAAUAUACCAUAGCCGAGUAUGCUUGUUAUCGUCAUUCGAUAGUUGUCAUACCGAUCUAUGAGACGUUGGGUUCCAAUAUUUGUGCUUUCAUUGCUAAGCAGGCCGAAUUGAGUACCAUAUUUUGUGAUAAUCUAGACCGUGUUGUCAAUGUGCUUAACAAUGCGAAUGAUUUUCAAUAUCUCAAAAACAUUAUCGUUUCCCAUCAUGAUGAUGAAAGCAUUUCAUCCGACGAUAAUCAACAACAUUUGGAAACAUUGAAAUCGAAAGCUCAAUCACUAGGUCUCACACUUUAUUCCAUGAACGAAUUGGAGCAGUUAGGUCAAGACAAUGUCCAACAAGAUCAUCCACCUGGACCGAAUGAUUUAGCUGUAAUAUGCUAUACCAGUGGAACUACGGAUGCACCCAAAGGUGUAAUGCUAUCACACGAAAAUGUUGUGGCCAAUUUUUCGACAAUCAUGUUUCAUCUGGACGAAUACCACAUAGCCAACACUGAUACAUUGAUAUCAUAUUUACCUUUGGGCCAUAUGUUUGAAAGAGUUUGUGAGUCAGGUACAUUGGCUGCUGGUGGCAAGAUUGGUUAUUUCAGCGGCGACAUUAAACGUUUAUCGGACGAUAUGAAAAUCAUCAAGCCAACAUUCUUUCCCUGCGUUCCUCGAGUUCUUAACAAAAUUUACAGCAAAAUUCAUGAAAAUGUUAGUUCCAGUGCCAUCAAAUCAUGGCUACUGAAAACAGCUUUCGAAUCGAAACUUAAUCAAUAUCAGAAUGGAAUAUUCGACAACAAUACAUUUUGGGAUAUGCUCAUUUUCAACAAAAUUCGUGCGCUAUUCGGUGGUCAUGUCCGUCUUAUACCGGUCGGUUCGGCUCCCAUUAACGGCAAAGUUCUCAAUUUUUUGCGUUGUGCACUCGGUUGCCAUAUCUUGGAAGGAUAUGGCCAAACCGAAUGCGUUUCGGCUGCCACCGUCACCACUGUCGGUCAUUACGAGACUGAUCACGUUGGCGUACCAUUGAACGCUGCCUGCAUCAAAUUGGUCGAUGUUCCCGACAUGGAUUAUUUGGUAUCACAGGGAAAAGGGGAAGUACUCAUCAAAGGAUCUAUAGUUUUCAAAGGUUAUUAUAAAGAUCCGAAAAAGACUCAGGCAACAAUCGAUCAAGAUGGUUGGCUCUACACUGGCGAUAUUGGCAAAUUCAACGAGAAUGGAACCAUCAAAAUAAUCGAUAGGAAAAAAGACAUUUUCAAAUUGGCUCAGGGCGAAUAUAUUGCACCCAGCAAGAUUGAAGACGUUUACAUGCAGUCGCCAUUCAUUCAGCAAAUAUUCGUCUAUGGUGAUAGCUAUAAAUCCUGUUUGAUUGCCAUUGUUGUACCCAAUCUGGCAUUGAUACAAGAAGUGUUCAAAACACGUGGUAAGAUGAUCGAUUUCAACAACAACGACGAGUUAAGGGAAAACAAAGAAAUCAAACAAUUCGUUAUGGAAGAGCUGCAGAAAUGGAAUGAAAUUGCCAAACUAAAAUCAUUCGAAAAAGUUCGCGAUAUUCAUAUCUAUCCGGAAGGAUUCACCAUUGAGGAUGGAUUACUUACCCCAACAUUGAAAAACAGACGAUUUGCCUUAAAAAAUCACUUUAAAACACAGAUUGAACAUCUUUACUCUAAACUUGAAUGAUUCGAGCAUUUUACAUUGAGAUUUUUAUGUUGCCAUAAACCAGCAUUGUUUGGUCGUUUUUUAUGAUUUUGUGGCAGAAGCAAAGACAAAAAGAGUGAGAGAGAG